GAACUGAAGCCCAGUUCCCUGAAGAAGCCAUCGUUUAAAAUACAUCCUGUUUGUUAGGACACUAGAGAGAAGAAUACAAGGAUACAGAAACUUCUCUUCAAUCCGUGCAAUUAUGGUGCAGGGCUGGAUUCAGAAGAGCGUGUUCUGCCUACUUCUUCUGAUAACUUGCUCAGGAGGCCGGAAAAAAAUUAAAAGUACCAAACAUUCAAAUUUGACUCAAGUACGUCUAUUAGACUCCCUGUUAGAUGGAUACAUAAAGGAUCUGAGACCUGUUAAGAACUGGAAAAAUGGCACUACUGUGUAUAUAGACAUAACUAUAUAUUCUAUUUUUUCAGUGGAUGAGAAGGAUCAGCUGAUGUCAAUGUACUGCUUAUAUAACCGGUACUGGAAUGAUGAAUUUCUAAGAUGGGAUCCCUUGAAGUACGACAAUAUUACACAAAUUUCUCUUCCUUCCAACACUGUAUGGGUCCCAGAUGUACUUAUCGCUGAAUUUGUGGAUGCAGACAAAGCCUCAAGUCGUAAUUUUGUCUACAUUAACUACACAGGACUAGUAAACUACCAAAAACCAAUCAGAAUGUCAUCAAUUUGCAUGUUCUACAUCUACUAUUUUCCUUUUGAUCAGCACAAUUGCACUUUGACCUUUCAAAGUCAGCUUCACACCGUUGAACAUAUUAACGUGUCCAUGUGGAGACAAUCAAAGGAUAUGAAGAAGGAUCUGCAGAAGUUUUACAAUAAAGGAGAAUGGGAACUUCUCGGCAUCAAUUCCAAUUACAAAGUAGUGGAUGAACUGGGGGACAAAUUUGGCGUGGUAGAAUUCUCUAUUAUCUUCAGGAGACAUCCAAUGUACUAUGUUGUGAAUCUUGUUAUUCCCAGCGUGUUUCUCAUAAUUAUGGAUACUAUAGGUUUCUACCUCCCUCCGGAAAGUGGAGAAAGAAUUUCAUUUAAGAUCACCCUCCUUCUUGGUUAUUCUGUUUUUCUCAUCAUAGUUUCAGAAACCUUACCUGCCUCGGCCCAAGGAACUCCAAUAAUAGAGGUGUAUUUUGUGGUCUGCAUGGCUCUGCUCGUCCUCAGUUUGACAGAAAGUAUUUUCAUAGUUCGUAUAGUCAAUAAGAAAAAUAUUCAGUCUAAGGUUCCGCAGUGGCUAAAGAAGCUGGUUCUGGAAUAUAUGACCAUUUUGCUUCCUGUAAAAGACAAGACUGAUUCUUCGGAUAUACUGCAAGCAACAGAGACCCCAAGUACUGAUGCAUUGUCAAAAUAUUCUGAAAGUGAAGAAAAUUUCAAAAUAUCACCUGCAAUUGUGCCAACGAAAGAGCUUUUUGAGAUUCUACAUAGUAUUUUCAAUGAAAUAGUGGCUCUUAGACAACAUCUGGAGAAAAAUGCCGAUCAGGAGAUCUCUAAGGAAUGGCUCAUUGUUGGAUAUGCACUUGAUCAUUUUUUUUUCUGGCUGUACAUUGUAACUAUUUUGACUUAUAUUGUUACUUUGUCAAUUUGUUGGUCAUAUCACUAUAUAUGAGAUUAUUGAUUAUACAGCGCAAGGAUGUAAGUUAUUUUUACAUUGAUGCUAAAUGUAAUUAAUGUAAUUGAGAUACUACAACAGAAACAAACCAUGGAUGGGAAUGACACAGAAAAAAAAAAAAAAAGUAUUUCAAAUCUCAAAAAAACAUAUUUACAUGUAACAGCUUAAAGGAGUACACCACUGCUAGGCAUCUUAUCCCCUAUCCAAGUUGCGGGACCUCCACGAUCUUUGAACAGCACCCGGCGUUCUGAGCGGCCCCCUCCCAUAGACAUGAAUAGAGGCGGCGUGGUGUGAUGUCACAACCACUGCCAUUCUGCUACACAGGAGGUUUCUGUUCUCCCUGAGCUCGCCUUUAUGUCUAUGGCUGUCACGUCACGACUACUGCCGUCGGAACUCAGCGUUUGUUCAAAAGUGUGGAGAUCGGGGAUAAGAUACCUAGCAGCGGAGUACCCCUUUAAAGACAAGACAAAUAGGUAAUUAAAAAGACACAAGUUUAAAAGAAACUUUAUUGAAAUAAACACCCCAUGUGACCCCUCUUUAACUGUUUUAUUACGUAAAAAAAAAUUCUCUCUUUUUUGAUCUUCCAUAGUCCGGUCUUCUUCCUGUACCAAAAAAAAUAAUAACAUAAAAAAAAUAAACAUACUCUCUUCGUAAACAGCCCGCAUUUUAGAAUAAUAUAGAUAAUUAAUAUACAAUUUAUUUUAUAAUUUUUGAGUUUUUCUUCCUUCAUGCUGCAUUUUUAUUUCAUUUACUCAUUUGUUCAGCCUCAGUCAGACCGAUAUGUGUCACAUAUUAAAGGGGCAAAUGGCUGCCUACUGAUAGUUUAGAUUCAAAUACAGAUUGUUCAGCUGUAUUGUUUUAAACUUGCCUUAUACUAUAUAUUGUUCACACAGAGCAACUGACCUGAGCUGGUUUACUGAGUGCAAGAGUGUAUUUGCGUGUGUGUGUGUGUAUAUAUAUAUAUAUAUAUAUAUAUAUAUAUACAUACAUACGCACGCGGUGUGAGUUUGUGCUUUAGGGUGCACACCCUAAUGCAAUAGGCUGCGCACCCCUACGGUACCUCUCCUCCACCCAUCAUCCCAAACUUGAGGUCAAACCUGUAGAAAGACAACAGUAUAGGAUGAAGUUUCAUUCACUGUUUUAUUGGGCAGUGCUAUUUGGACGCUAUAUGGAAAUUAUAUUUGGGCACUGUAGUUAUAUUUUUUAGGAAUUGUAUUGUAUAAUCUGUCAAAACAUGUAUUAUUUAAUAUAAUGAUAUGUGAUCAUA